UGAUGAGCAUGAAAAUUAUAACUGAUUUUCUAAUUACAUUACUUAAUUUCCAAUAGAAUUGAAUUAAAUUUAUUAUUUAAAGAAUUUUCGUAAUUUUUAAUUGAAUUUCAGUCGGCUACUUUUUAUUUGCUAAUACUCGCACAACGCACGCGCAGAACUUCCAUCGCCCAAAAUCUCCCAGCGCCAUAUUGAGAGAGGCGGACGUUGUAUGACUUGAGUGAUUAUAUCGUGGUUAGUGCAAUAAAUUGAAGUGGAACGUUUGAUCGUGCCCUAUGGAUAUACAUUCGGGAGUGGUGUGCCUCGGUUGAAAGGCCUGGCGAAGGGACAGGGCUCCGCGCGCGAGGACGGGUUGCGGCGCUCCGCUCUGAGGAACCAUGGAGUGCUGCAUGUCAGAAGAAGCCAAAGAACAGAAAAGAAUCAAUCAAGAGAUAGAGCGGCAACUCCGAAAGGACAAACGCGAUGCCAGGAGAGAACUCAAACUGCUCCUGCUGGGUACCGGCGAGUCGGGCAAGUCGACGUUCAUCAAACAGAUGCGCAUUAUCCACGGGUCCGGUUACAGCGACGAUGACAAGCGCGGCUUCAUCAAGCUGGUGUACCAGAACAUUUUCAUGGCCAUGCAGAGUAUGAUACGCGCUAUGGACCUACUCAAAAUACAAUACGGGAAUCCGUCCAAUGUAGAAAAGGCGGAAUUGAUAUCAGCGAUCGACUUUGAGAGCGUGACCACGUUCGAGAGUCCGUAUGUGGAAGCCAUAAAGGCGUUAUGGAGCGACGCGGGCAUCCAGGAGUGCUACGACCGCCGGCGAGAGUAUCAGCUCACUGAUUCAGCCAAAUACUACUUGCAGGAGAUUGACCGCGUCGCGGCACCAAAUUACUUACCUACCGAACAAGACAUCCUCCGUGUGAGAGUGCCCACGACGGGCAUUAUAGAGUACCCAUUUGACUUGGAGGAAAUACGAUUUAGCUAUUUAAGCGAUCUGGCACGGAUCGAAAAGGACGACUACUUGCCCACCGAGCAGGAUAUUCUGCGCGCUCGUCAGCCGACCACGGGCAUCUUAGAGUACCCAUUCGACCUUGAUGGCAUUAUAUUUAGGAUGGUGGACGUCGGGGGCCAAAGAUCCGAGCGAAGGAAGUGGAUUCACUGUUUUGAAAACGUCACAUCUAUCAUAUUCUUAGUAGCUCUUAGUGAAUAUGAUCAAAUUUUAUUUGAAUCUGAAAAUGAGAACCGGAUGGAGGAGUCCAAGGCGCUCUUCAAGACGAUCAUCACGUACCCCUGGUUCCAGCACUCGUCGGUGAUCCUCUUCCUCAACAAGAAAGAUCUGCUCGAGGAGAAGAUCAUGUACUCCCAUCUGGUCGACUAUUUCCCUGAAUACGACGGCCCACAACGCGACGCCAUCACGGCCCGCGAGUUCAUUCUGCGGAUGUUCGUCGACCUCAAUCCCGACGCGGAGAAAAUCAUAUACUCACACUUCACUUGUGCGACAGACACUGAAAACAUCCGGUUCGUGUUCGCCGCAGUCAAAGAUACAAUCCUACAAUCUAACCUGAAGGAAUACAACCUCGUGUAAACGACCACCUCGGGUCUCCGACACAAAUCUGUGAUUGUGUAUAACACAUUAAUUAAACAUCAUCACUUCACGACAGAAUGUGUAAAUUCACGAACUGACGUCGAAUGGACGAACUUAUUCACCCUAAAAUGUUUAAUGAGAAAUUAAGGAUAGAUUGUAAGUCAUUUAACCCAAAAACUAGUAUCAGUUGGGUGUCGGCGCGCGGGAGACGCGAGCGCAGCCCGUGCGUGGCUCGCGUGCCGCUGCGUAGCCCGCGUGCCGCUACGUGGCGCUGCGUGGCCCGCGUGCCGCUGCGUGGCGGCACGUGACGGCACGUGCCCCGGCACUGCCCGCGCGCGCACUAAGUUCUCGGCCCACACGGCCGCUUCACGACGCGUCAGGUUUUUUGACAUGUUUUUUUAUGAUGAAGUUAUUUACAAUUUAUGUAUGUGUCUGUAUCGGUGAAAUUAAAUCGUGCAUUUUAAAAGUUAUGGUGAGUCUUGGCCUUACCAUGAGCUGCUUUUAGUCAUUGUUUUAGGAUUUUUGUAAAGUUUGUUGCCAUAAUAUCUUUCUACAUUAGUAUACAUUUAUGUCCAGACGGAUGGAUUUGAACAAACUAGUCCAAUGGAGUAACGUGUUCGAGCGAGGCGGCCUCGCCCGCUCGGGCGGAGCCGCCGAGCCGCACCACACAUAAUAUAUCAUUACCGUUUGUUCUGUUAGCUUGGGAGAUUUAUAAAUUUAUUGUAUUUAAAUAUUACGUUACUUUUGUACAUUGGAAUUUUGUUACUUGAAUAUAUGUUAUUAUUUAAGCUGUUUAUAUUUAAAGAUGGUGUUUUUCUAAACGAAUUGACUUCACGCAAAAUGUUUUAUGUUAACUGUAGGCUUUGUGUACGCAGUGGUCUGGUGUAAUUGAUUUCUUCCUAAUGUUAUCCGUGUAUGAUUCCAUUCAGCUAGCCGUAUGUCAAGUAUAGGAAGUUACUACGUUAGUUAUUUAAGGACAUUUUUGAUGCAUUUGAUAUAAACUUUUUUUACUAGAAACCAGAGGGAUACGCGAGAAGUGAAUUGUAAAAACCGAUACCGAUGUUUUUUGCACGAAAGCUUUUACCACAUGAAUGUAAUAUAUUGUACAUUUGGGUCUAAAUGUGCUGAGUGAUUUGAGCUGACAGUGCCAAGUUUUGCUAUUGGCAAUUUUUUAUUGUAACGUGAAGCACAAAUAUACAUAAUUUUAUAAUUGUUUUCCAUAUAGAGUAUUUUAUUAUGCUAUGCUUAAUUUAGUGUGUUGCUUCGUGUUAUGAUUUAUGGUUUAGUUAUUUUAUGUAUAGUAAGAAACAAAGUUUCUAUUUUGAUGAUAUACAUAUAACUUAUUAACUUAUUUGUUGUUGGGUCCUCGUUUUCUAGUUGAGCGGUUGCAUGUGCAUUGGACCGGCGAAGCACAGGACAGUGUCAAUAGCAAAACUGUAUGCUUUAAUUAAUAUACAGCUGUCUGUAAUGCUCAAGAUGAUGUGAAAUUGAAACUUAGCGCACAAUAUUGAAAUUUCUUAUUGAUGUUACCUUACCCACUGAAGUUCAAUCUCUGUAUGCCCUGUAUAUAGAGCUGUGUUUAGUUUGUGCAGUUGUACAGAAAUAUUGGAAUUAUUUGGCACGACGCUGCGCGGUGCGGGCGGCGCGAACACACACACAUAUACAAACACACACACACACAUACAAACACACCGUUACUGACGUGUGAUGUCACGUAGGGUUGUCGAUAGUUUGAAACAUAUGAUUUAUUCAAAAAAUAUUCCACAAAUUACAGUUACGUUUUGUCUGUGUGUAAUCAACAAUCCCAAACUAAUUGAAACUAUUAGUACAGACUUGAAAUCGCAUUAUCUUUAAUUAUUAAAAAAAAUAUAAUAUAUAAAUAUACUGUAUAUGAAAGAAGAAACACCCUUAUCAGAAUCACUUGGAAACAUUAAUUACUCCCAUGAUCUCCAUUUAAAGCUGCGCAAUCAAUGGAAACUAUUGUCAAAAUUGAUUCUAAUUUUAUAUCACAGUAAAUACAUUUCACAAAUCACAUAUUGACUGAUAUGAUACAUUUUUCAAACUGGCGAGUGAAGCCUCGUUUGAACUCGCUACUUGUCUUCCACUUAACUUUACUUCUCUCUUGUAUAGUAUCACAUACCAAAAAUGUGCCAUUGAGUAAGAUCUUCAUAGAUUUUUGUUUAGCUUCAUUAAAAAGAUGUCACUUCUUUUUUGACUUAAUAAUAAUAAAUAGGUAUUUUAAUGCGUCAUAUUAGCCUUUAAAUUCAACUAAACAUGGAUUUACAGUCAAGCACAUCUCCAGACUAAAUUCAGAAUUAGUCGUAUUAUUUUAAACCCAUUUAUUGUCCAUGGUUUAGCUGUGCCCUUAAAAUAUUUUAUACUAUAGGUAAGUACUUUCCAUUUCGAGCUCAUUAUUUCUUAUCGGCCCAGAUUUUUUACUAAUAGUCUUUAUAAAACAAAACAUACUAAUUACAAAGUAACAUUGCUAACUUUGCGUGACUUGACAUGUCAGUAACGUGCCCAAACGUCAAUCAAACAUCCAUAAUUGUCUCUUGACAACUUUCGCUAUUAAUUUCCACAAUAUCCACGCCUAUAACGUAUCACGAAGCCACUGCCGUGUUAUCUACUGCAACCUAACAUUAACAAACUAAUUACCUUUGUAAUGUGACACGCCCAUCACACAAACUUUUUAUAAAAUAUCUAAUUUAGUCCCCAAAACAAACGAAGCACAAAAUAAAAUUAUAAUUGUUUAUUUUUAUUAAAUUGUGUCUUUUUACAACUUCUCUAUUAGGUAAAAAAAAUUGGCACAGAUUUUUAUAGUUAGUAAGUAUGGUGAUUUAAUUCUAGAAUAUGUAUUAAAUUAUACCAUUUACAAUUGUCAUAAUUUUCGAUUAGAACUAAACUCGACCAAAUGCAUCAUCAAAAUUCAAAAGAAAAUACGAAUUACUUUAAAAAAAUACGGAGGUAAGUAGGAUUUUUAUUUAAGUAUUAUGUAUUUAUUUUCAAUCGAAUUGAACCAUACAAACAAUUUAGGCAAACAAACACGACAACGUAGGUAUAGGCAUGAUUUUCAACAUCGUAAAUUGGUAAUGUUUAAAUAUUUCGUACUAGGCUGAACAAAGUAACAUGGGGGGUAGUCGGUCGCAUCGCUCGGCCGCGCACGUCGCGUCGCAAGCGCAAGGCAUCACGGAUUCGUAUCUUCCUUACGAAUGGACUGAAAUGCGUGUUUCUUACCUAUUUGUUUUACGAUUGGGCGACUACACAAAAUAUUGCUAAAACUAUAUUAUAGUCUAACGUUGCUUUACCUUCGCGUGAGAUUGUGAGAAUUUUAGCUUAAGUUCCGACUGAAGAUGGAUGCCUGUAUGAAAUAUUGUAAAUUAUAAUUUCUCAUAAAAUAUAAUUUUUUUCAGCUA